AUGCUUGCAGCUGUUUUAAAAAUUUUUCUCGGGGAUUUAAACAAGAUCGCUGUACUCGGUUCGUCCGCCCCAAACUGCAAGUUAGUCACCACAGACGAAAAACCUUGUAAGCUACUGGAUUUCGCACGAGGAACUCGGCCGCUGAUUGUUAACUUUGGCAGUCGCAGUUGACCACCUUUCUUGAUUAAUUUCCUGAACAACUUCACCAACGUUGUUCGGGGAUUUCAAGAUGUGGCAGACUUUGUUAUUGUGUACAUCUGCGAAGCACAUCCUACAGACGAAUGGCGGUGGAAUGUAAGUUUUUGUUUGUUGGUUUCUUCAGUUUAUUACGUGGAUACGUAAGAAUUCUUUAACAGAGUUUCCGUAGCGGCCUUUUUCAAGGAGUAAAACAAUGAUAGAAAUAUUUGCAUGAGAUUGGAAAAUAAUUUCCCAAAAGGAAAGUUCGAAGUUCUUCUCAUAGCUUCUCUAUUUACGUUGUAAUUUUAUUCAUAGGUGAAGGACUGGGAUUUCACGACUUUUUUGUCAAUAGACCUAUUCGGCUAACUAAAUGUUGUACCCAAUUCAAACCCUUUCGGGAUAAAACGUUUUGUUUCAGGAAUUUCCAUAUCAUUUAAAUGUGAAUGCAACAUUAUAAUGCAAAUACAGUACACAAAGAAUCUUGACACUAGGAAAUUGGAAUUGGGUACAACAUUGAGUUAGCCGAAAAGGUCUAUUGACACUUAAAGUCGUGAAAUUCCAGUCCUUCACCUAUGAAUAAAAUUACACCGUAAAUAGAGAAGCUAUGAGAAGAACUAUACCUUAAAAUAUACUUUAAUUCUGGAGGAUCUAUGACCAACUAUGGUCACUGCUAAGAAAUGAAUUAAAAGGGCAAUUCUUUGGUGUUUUCGUUUCUCUUUAGCCCUUGGGGGUCGAUGCGUCAUCUUUGGAAUCAUAUACGGCAAUCUGUUUGUUCUGCGGUUUCUCUGAUAUUCAUCCGCUCAUCCAGGAACAUGGUACCCUGCGAGCAGAGGCUACAUUUUCGCGGUAUGAGCUGGCGUGCGGAAGUGUAUGCAUUUAAUUUCACGAAAAAAUUAUUUUAAUACCAUUAGAAUUGAAAUUACUUCUUAACGACAAAAUGAUCAAUUACAAACAAAAGAGACAGAUUAACUUUACUUCAAUUAAAGAAUCUCCGUACUGGCUGAACAACUUUCCGAAACACCAUCCGUCUUAUGAAUCCGUCCUCAAUAUAAAUUUUGUCAGUCCUAUUUAUUUGCUUUCUUUUUUAAUUGUUUUGUUAUUUAUGUUUGGCUCAAUUUCUUUGAUUGCCUGUAUUUUUCGAUCAACUGACCCGCUGACGGCGGAAUUGGCUAAAUUGUGUGGCAUUUGUGAUACUGCUAUCAUUUUCAUAUAUUUUCCUUUCUCGCCUUUUUUACAGAACAACGUUGAGAUCUUGCAGCACAGAACUUUACAAGACCGUUGUCAGGCAGCUGAAAUGUUGAAAAAAUCCAGUGGAUGCUCGACUCCAAUCCUGGUUGAUACUAUGGAUGACGAAGCUACUGAAGCGUAUGGUGCCUACCCGGAGAGACUCUUCAUUAUACAAGAUAGAAAAAUCGUGUACGAGGGAGGAACAGGGCCGCAUAACUAUAAGUUAGGAGAGGUAAAAAAAUGGCUAGAGGUGUAUAAAGCUAGUCGAUAGACCGGUGUGACACAAGCGUUGAAGAGUUAACAGUUGACUUCUGAACAGUGGACUGAAUUACAAAACAAGUUUCUAUGUAUCCGUCAAUUCUGAACCUUAAUAUUAUAAGAAUUUUUUUAACACUGACAUCGACAUUCACAUGGAAGGAGUAUUUAACUAUAUAUGAAAACUAAUUAACCGUGCAGAGAUAUUUACUUUCAAUUUUCCCGAACCCGCAACGACAUUUGGCCCUGUGAAGUAAACUGACAAAUAAAAUAAACAAAAGAAAGAGCGAGUGGCCAAUUUCCGAAAUUUGUUCAAAAUAUGUCUGACGUGAUUAUCUUCAUGUUAUAAACAGGAUAAAUAUUGAAAUGUUCGAACUAUAUCCCAUAGGUAGACAAAAAAAUCUUUAUUUGAGGCAGUUUAUGACCACAGACAAUGCUCAUUAAAACGCUCCGACUAGCCACUUCAAUUUUAUGACCCAGAGAAAGAUUCAUUCCAAUCCACUUCUCUCUGCGGCUUAUCAUAUAAAAUGUCAGUUGCUCUUAAUUCCUGGAAGCCUCCUUGGCCUUUAAUGUGGUGAUUUCUCCUGCACAAGUUCUCUUCACAUAUUUUUUUUGUCUGAAGAAGUUGGCAUAUCCUGAAUGACGGUUUGAGAAUAAAACCCACUCGCGGGACUCUCAAGCCCGAGAAUGGACUGUCGACCGACUCGAGGGAGUGUGAACUGGAUUUAUGAUGGUGACGUCAUAAGAAGGCUAAAAUUGUUUUCUUUUUAAUUAAUGAUGAUAUUUACCAGAACAGAAGAUCUGUCUAACUUAGGAUCAACUGUAAUUAAAAUAGCACAUAUGUUAUUGUUAGUUCCAAGCAUACAUCACGAAUAUCAUGGACGCAUUUAGUAUCCAAAUAAAAUGAUACCUGAGAGAUUGUGCCGGUUUUAUUUUUCGAAUUACUUCUUCCUUUUACCAAAGAACAGUGUGUUAUGUGUAAAGAAAAAGAGAAAUGGAAAAGCAAUGACAAGAAUUGUGGCCAUUUAUUAAAUGCUGGAAAAACUGCAGAUGCUUUCUUCACUCGCCGCGGUUCAGCUGGAAAAAGGUAUAGCCUGGUUUAUGAAAUGAAGAUGUUCUUUUUUUUUUUCAUUUCAUACAAUGAAUGAGAAGGUAGAGAUACGGGAACCUCGGCAUACUCUGGCAUAACACUAUCAGAGGUAGGAGAGUUUUAUUUCUUUUAUUAAACAGACAGAUGUAUCGACAAAGGGCACUGUUAUAUUUCCUGUUGGCAUUUUUGGAGACCUUUCUAGAUAAAUGGUAAUAUAUCUAUAUAUAGUCCACGGUUAAGAGAAAAAUGUGGUUAACCCCUCUCUUCAAAGUGGAUGGAAUUCUUAGAGGCUUAUAAGAUACAUUUUCUCAUUAAAGAGGGCUUAAAUCGCCAACUUUGAAGAGCUCAGUCCCCCGGGCGGGGGGGUACUCGCAGAAAAAUUGGGUAGGGGUGUGCGGCCCGCUUCCCAAAACCCUUACCCUAUUUAUGACCAAAAUCUGCGAUUUUCCCUACCCUAUUUAUGACCUAACCAAAAAUUUGAUACCCUAUUUAUGACCUGACCCUUAAAUCAAUACCCUGUUUCAGACCUGCCUUAUAAUUAUUUCCCUAGUUCAGACCAAUGUUAAAGGCAAUGUUUAUCUGCUUUUAUUAGGUUAGGGGGACAUGAUAAGGAAAUAGCUUCUUCUAAAAAAGUGCAUUCAAGACUACAGUGCAAAAAUCGUUACCCUAUUUAUGACCAAAAUGGCGGCAAAAAAGCCAAAAUCGAUACCCAAUUUAUGACCAAAACGGCUGAAAAACCCUACCCUUUGGGGCCGCACAUACCUAUAUAGCCCAUAUUAGGGAGUACCCCCCCCGGGGCUCAGUCUUGGCUCCUAGCUAUUGCCAAGAUAUAGUUGUUUAUUAGUGAAAUGUCGAAAGUAGGCUUUGAUUAAUUGUGUGAUCGCAUAAAAAAAAGGCAAUGGCCUUCAAACUGUCGCCUUGCGAUGUCCAGCUUUCAGAACGCUGUAAAUUUUAUCUUAGGGCACGGUUUUAGUUUCCUCAGGUUAAAUAAGCGACACUCGGAGAGGCUCCUUUCAGAGAUCCAACCUCUUACCCAUUUAGUAUACCAUUGUUUGAGAGAAAAGGUACGAACCCCUUUCGCAUGCCCUUAAUUGACAAAUGGUACCGGUCUCUUAGUUCACUGAACCAGGAAGCUUUGUAGCCCGUUUUUACGUUAGGAAUGACUGAUUUCCCUACUCUUUGAUACUCCUUAACUAGUGAAAUCCUAUCCUUUCAUAUACACCGUAAUUUUUAGGGAGUUAUUAUAACUCCAAAAAUGGAGUAAAAAUUUUAGGUACAGGAUAACCCCUUUUUUGGGGUUAUUUUAACUCCUAAUUUAACUCCGAAUUUGGGGUCAUUUUUACUCCUGAAAAAGAGUUCUUUUUACUCCCAGUCUUGGAGUUAAAAUUACUCCGAAAUGGGGUUACUUGUACUCCUUACAGGGGUUGUUUUUACUCUUUUUGGAGUUAAUUUAACUCUGAAAGUGGAGUAAAAAUUUUAGGUACAGGAUAACUCCUUUUUUGGGGUUAUUUUAACUCCUCAAUAUCUGGGGUCACUUUUACUCCUGAAAAAGAGUUCUUUAAACUCCUUUUUGGAGUUAAAAUAACUCCACGAAAAAUAACUCCACUGUAAGGAGUUAAAUUAGCCCCACUAGAGGAGUUAUUAUAACUCCCUGAAAAUUACAGUGUAAUUGAAGCCUGAAGAACGCACGGGGCGGAGCCUUUCCUCUUAGGCCAUUAUAGGGAGUACCUCACCUCGGGGGAUUGAUGGUUGCACAAUUGAAGUUUUAACUGAAAAGGAGAUAUGAUCUAUCAAAUGUUUUCAAGGAAUAUCCGGAGUCGGAGGCACAGAAAUACUCAGCUAAUGCUGAUUAUUUCUGUUCUACAUACACUGUUGACGUGUCUAUGAAAGCUUGAGAUAGCUGUCCCGCCUGCAACCCUUGUUCGGCCGUCGCCGGUUCUUGCUGUUGUUGUCGUUGUAAAGUUUUUUUCAUUACAUUUAUUAUUAUUAUUAUUAUUAAUUGAAUUAUUACUAUUAAUUAAAUUAUUGUCAUUGACAGAUGGUAAAAAACAGGUAUUUGUACAGAAUAUUCCCUAACUUUUAUAAAUGGGAUUAUUUGGGACCAGUCACUAUUUACGCAGACGCCUUGUCUAUCUGAACACGUUUCAAAUAUCAACGCAGUCGGAAUCAGUUUCAAUGCUGUUGAUCCACUUGGGCUUAUUGCAUACAAAGCAUUUUCAGUCUCGUUUCAUGGAGGCCGACGGCUUCACUGUAGCCUCCCACGCAGGCGUUUUCAGGGGAGCUUGUUUUCCCCAUAAUGCAAAACGAGCUCCCCUUAAAACGCCUGCGUGGGAGACUAGUUUCACUGAUGCUCGAGGGAAGUUCAUGGAAAAUGGAACUUCAGUGGGCCAUUCUACCUACCUUUUGACAAUUCGUUUACUCGACGAGCAUGGAUACAUUUGUCAAGAUUGAGAUUGGUCACUUUGAAAACUGAGAAGUUUCGAAUUUCGAAUAGAAGGGACCCUUGACUAGUUCAAAAAUGUACAAACAAACCCCUUAAUCCGUCUUAAAUUUCUAAAUGGAUUUCCUCAGUGAGCACGUACAUCGGGCAGGGGCACCCAGCGUCAAUUUUCGGAAAAUAAUUGCUCGUAAGACGAUUUGAGAUCUAGAAUUUUCGGAACAUUUGUUGUAAAAUUUCUUGCUUGCCUACCUCUGCCAGCCGGGAUUUUCGAAAAUCUAAAAAAUGGUAUAAUUGCCCAUUUUUAACGGAUUCUUACCCUAAAAAGGAAAUCCGAACAGCUGAACGAUUUUUAGGGGAUAAAAAUAUGCCUAUAUCUACCGUUUAAAUACUAAAAUACGUUUAACAAUGCUAUGUUUAAGCAUAGUUUUGAACUAUAUUCUCGUUGGGAAGCGGAUUAAUGAAUCAUAGUUACAAAACGUGCAAGAAUCAUGAAUCUUUGUACUUCGGCUCAGGAAUCAUGAAUAACGAGACUCUGAGAAAAGCUCAACAAAAUAGACGUAAGAAUUAAUUGCGUUCGAUCCAGGGAAUGGAAGAUAUGGGGUUUCCGACCGUCCGCGAUGAUUUUCAGAUUUUUUCCUUGGGGAGCAUACCCCGGAAUGCAUUCGGGGCUGACAGUCCGCUUGUUUCUCCAGUGAUACUGGUGCUUAAUGUUCAGUUACAAAAAACUCCACACGUGGACAAAACGAAUGAUGAUACCGAGAAACAGUGGUCCAAAAUCUACAUAAUUCUGGAUGAAAAGAGAAGUUGGAACACGAAAGAAACUAUGCAAAACGAGACUACGUAGCCACUGUGAAAAUCGUUCAAUGAAUAGGUGAUCAAAUAAACUGCAAAAUAGUCGAAGGAAAAAUACGGACUGUUUUGCAGUCUAGUGAUCAAAAGUCUUCGCGAAUCAUGUAUCUGGAAGAAAAUUCUUGUAGGAAUCAUGAAUCAUUGAAGUAAAAACGACAGGAAUCAUGAAAAUCAAGAUUCAAAUGAUUCCGCCUCUAACCCCCGAACGUACAAUUUUGGCAAGCUUACAUGAGACUAAGAGAAAUUCGCUGUAAUAAGAAGUUGCGUAUAGUUCAAUCUACGCAAGUCAGAUCACGAGUAAGGUUAUUGCGGCCAAUUAAGCACUUCCUUAGAAGUGACCUAAAAAUACUACCCUCCAACCGUACAACGUCUUUUUUCGCCUCACCUGCGGGAAAAUAAAGGUCGAGGUAAAAGGAAGCCGUGAAGCCCGAUCGCUUGAUUCUCUACUUCGCGAAGUCUCUACUUCUAGGUCCUUUGAUUAGCGUUAAUUGAAAGAGAAACCUCUGCGAAGCGCACCUUAAGCGUCAGUUUGAAGGCGAACCUGUACGAAAAAUUCGUCCAACCGGAUAAAUGGUUAACAGUCAAGAAAGGCCCGGGCAGAGACCCACCACAUCGCUCUGAUUCUUUUGAACUAAAUGUAAUCCUUUGAUCGUAGUAUUAACUUUAAUGUUCUCGAUGUUCCUCGUUUUAACUUACAUUUUGACUUAAAAAUUGGACUCACUAACCUAGCAUUUUCUGGCCUAGGUACGAGACUGGACAACAAGCUAGCACUGAGUUUGACAUAUAACAUACUUUAUGUGAAAAUUUGUCCGCAAGGAAUCGAACACUUUUCAUUUGCUUGUUAGGAAACCACCUCAUUAAAGGCAAACUCACCGUCGGUCGACGUCGACAGUGAACGAAAUUACUUGUGAUCACGAGAUUACCCGCUGGGUGUUGAUCAUACUUAGGGUCGAUCACGCGAUCAUGACCCUUCAUACAGUCUCUGCGGUCUUCUUCGCGAACCUCGUUUCCAAGGGGCUGAACAGGAAGAAGAAAUACCCUGAGAACGAGGCUGAUUCCUCGUUUCUUUUUCGACCAUGCAGUGUGAGUGUGCUUCGAGCCUGGUGGAUCUACCAUAAAAUUCAAGUGCCGUUUGAGUAUGAUAGUUGUUGGUCAAAUAUUCAGUAGUUGCACUGAUAACAAGACCCGGAACUGCAGCUGCAUUAGCAGUCAUACUCAGGUAGUGCUGUAAGUAGUGUGAUGGCGUGAAACUGGCCACUGAUCUAUCAGCAACAUUCAGGAUACCUCGCCUUGCAUGAAUGGCCGGCCACAACUUCAGCUUCAAAUCUACAAGAGGAUUUUUCUUGUAGAAUAGAAUAUAGCAAGAAAAAAAUAAACAUGAAUGGCGCUGGCAUAUUACACUGUUAGUUACUUGGAAAGAUUGACACAUAACUUUCAUCUAAUUUACCAGUAAAACUGGAGUCACUGAAAAAUUUGAAUUCCAUACUUCGUCACAACAAUGCAAAGAACAACCUAUUAAAACUACCCGAGUGAGUCAAAUAAAGACUUCCUUGAAGUCCACUGCAUGAGAUCGAGAGAUGACAGUCACAUAUGGGAAGUUCACGCUUCACGAAAACCGUGCCAAAGGAUCAAGUUAGAAGGAUCUUGUACUCUUACGCAGUCAUAGUCUUCACUGGAGGUUGGAAAUUUGCUUCACCCAAUCAGAAAUAAUUAAUAUGCCCUCUUUUUAAAAAUCGUACUGUUUGAAGAAGAUUUGUCAGGCUGCCGACCUCCUGAGCUCAUGGUUUCCGUUAUUGUUGAAAGUUUUCAAGUCUACUCAGCAAGACUAAGGUGGUUCUUCCUUGGUUUUACGUGGCCUUUGAGGAGGUUUUUACUUAGCAGAUUAGCACCCACAGGAAAGCGAAUUCAAUCGCAUGUUGAAAUGGAAUCCAACUUCGAACCAAAAACGCAAAUCGUGGAAAUUAAGUUUUAACGUUCGAAUAAUUUGAGUGCUGAGUCCUCAACAGGCCGUGAUGCUCCUCGUUCUUUGCUCCUAAACCGCACGGAAACGCUUGCUACGCAGGCUUCUUGAGCUUCUGUUGAAGUUUUCCUUUUUCCCAUGAACUGCUAGAGAAUGGAAUCAGCUCCCCCCGAUAUACCUCGCAUUUUGUGCCUUGACAACUAGCUUAGUUAAAUGUUUUUAUUUUCAUUCUACUUAUUGUUGCAUGUAAUUUUUACUUUUAGAUGUUGUAAGUAGUUGGUGUGUUGCCUAACUGGCUUUUACCAACCUAAUCGAGAUGAUGAUGAUGAUGACACGCAAGAAGACUGGGCUACCUGUGGUCGCCUGUGGUCUCCUGGCCCGUUCCUCACUGUCGGGCAUUUGAUAGAACCAGCUAACACUGACAAAUGGACCCGAUCUGUUUUGUCUGAUCCUUUAAGCAAAGUUUAUCGCGAAAAUGAUAUGACAGAUUUGUUUUGAGAUGCCGUGUGUGCAUCCCAAAGGAACAAAGGAUCAUUAUUUAAAAAGAUCUACAAAAAAAAAAAAAGAAUAGAAAUCGUUUUGUUACUAGAACAUUUACUUAACUCAAAAUGCUUUCAAUAGCAACCCAAUUUUGAAAGCUCUCGCUCAAGAAUAACUUUUUUUGCAGCAAAAUUUUGUAUGGUGAACAGAUUGACUACGUGAUUUGUCUUAAGUAGAGUAUCUAUUCCAGCCAUUGUUUUUCCUAUAUUUAGUACAAACAAACACUGCUGAAAGGCUGUUUGAUCAGCAAAAAAAAAAAAAAGCCUGCAAGUUCUCUGAAACCCCCGCCGGGGGACUUCAGUCAUCCGGGGUGUUACUCCCUUAAUCAUAUUUACCUCAUAGGUAUGUGUUGCCCCAAAGGGUAUGGUUUUUGCGCUGUUUUGGUCUGAAAACGGGUACAGCCUUUGCCUGUUUUGGUCUGAACUUGUGUAUAGUUUUCGAGGGAAUAUUGGAGUGCACUUAAACGUAUUUUUCGUUUCAAUUCCAAAUGAAUAAGAAAGAAAGAGUAUUAUGCGCCGAGAAUUCGAAAUGGAUUUUUAGAAAUCUUAUUGUCGGUGAAGCUAAUCAAUGAUGACAUAAUUUCGGUCUACGACAGGUCUGAAAAAGGGUAUGGAUUUUAGAGGCUAGGUUUAAAAACGGGUGUGGAAAAAGACAGUUUUUGGUGUGAAAUAGGGUCAGGAUUGGUGCCGGGCGGCACACCUCACACUAAUUCCUAGGAAUACCCCCCUCUCCCGUCCGCUGGGUCAUUGUUUCGCACUCCACCAAGCUACCUUAUCAGAAGCUAUAUGGUUACAAACAAAGAGAGGAUAACAUAUUCUGCCCUAAAACAACAGUGAUCUGUUGUUAGUUUGCAUUGUGUAAGACCACCGGUGCCAGAAAUUUUUAUUCUGUUUUGUUUUUUUUUCCACGAACAUAAAUUUCGUUCUUUAAACAACAUCGCAAGCUAUUUCUCUUUUUGCUUGGCUAUUUUUGAAUUUCGCUCAAGUCUUAACACUUUUUAUCGACAGAACAUGUUCGAAACAUCUUGUUAUGUAACGUUUUCAACGCGAUAACGUGUGGCUGAAGAAUUCGGUUGCCUUGUGUUGGUUGAUAUAGUGUUGCUUUUCCAGUUGAGGAGGAAAGUCCUGAGAAAAGGUGUUUAAAGCUUUAAAAAGUAAGCAAAGGGCUUAGCUUCCACAAAACAAUGAAACAUGUGACUCCCCCUAUAAACCACAACAUUUUUCAGUGGUUUUUAUAGAGAAGUUUCAUCAAAUCAGGGUUAAGUCAGUUUAGAUGACAUUGUCAGUUCAGGCGUGUACAGAAUUUCCGAGAUUAAACUGUUCUCAGAAAUUUGUCACUUUUGGGCCGGUUUUCGUGCGUUAACUGCUGUGAGUUGUUGUUUGUUGUUUUCUUUCUCGGUUGCUUUGUCUUUUUAUAUUGUUCCAUGACACGUCAUCACAGCAGUUGUUUACAGACCUUCGCAUUCCUUUCUCUAAAUGGUAAUUUAAACAUAUAUCUUAACAGCAGAAAAUAUCACCAGAACUCAUUGCCCACUUCUGUAUACUGGCAACUGCAGCUCAGGUUCGCUUAUCAUUAUAUCACUCAGUUUAGUCGUUUCCCGAAGACAUUAAUACUUGUUUUAAAGUUAUCUUAAUUGCAUUCAACAGGCUGCGGUGACCGAAACCGCAAAACGUUAAUAGCUAUGCCUUCAAUUACUUAACUAUCAGUGGUCACUCCUUUUCGAUUAGCGGUUUUUUUCACAGCUUUGUUUCAAUUGUCAUCAACUGCAGAUUCGACAAGUACCCAAAAUUCCUAACGUACUUCAAGGUGUUUGACCUUAUUCCUUUAUCUCUCUUAUUCGUGAGGAUAUCAAAAGUUCUUGUGAGUUGAAAAAUAUGUUUAUACAUAAAUGGCGGACGAGCUUCUCAACAGCUAUCUCGAGCUAUCACUUUCUUCAGAGAGAUCAUACCUCAUGUUCUUAUCUGGUCUAUCUGAAGCGGAGAUCUCAGGUGCCUGGGCGGAGAGUAAGACGUCUUCAGACAUAGAUAAACGCAGUUGUGCGCCGGGAGAAUAAAUGCUGGCUUGUUUAGUAACAUGACCUGACAAUAACACUUGAUUUAUAGUUCUCUAGUUCUCAGGAGUAUUUUUUUUCUGUGUGGAGAGAAUUAUUAAUGUAUAUCAGGAGCCAGUAGUAGUCUCUGAAAAUAAACGGAAUGAAAGAGAAAGUUUCUAAUUGACACACUUUUAAAGAAUGUAUGGAGCGCUAACUGUUAACUAAAAAAACCAUUAACAUACGCCUAUAACCAGACCCUGUGGUGGUUGCCUUAAAGCCUUGCAUGAUUGAUUCUUCAUUGAAACUAGGUAGAGGUGACCUAGAUCUUUUCACGCCAGUAGCGAUCAAGGAGUCUUUUGUUAGUUUCCUUGUUCGCGGUGUUUAUAAAUUUAAGGGCGUGUAUAAACCUGAGAAAGAAAAAAGCAAACACGAUGAUUCCGUGACAUGCACAAAGACACAACUGUCCGACUCAACAAGUGAUUUUGAAAUAUCCAAAGUAUGUUUAUAGUCCAAUUAUUCCACAGGUUAUCAAUUUUUGUGAUGACGUACAAUUAGACCAGUCAUUUGUAACGAGCUAAUCUAUCGGAUAGUGCUUUUGUUUGCGUACUCAAGCCUGUAAAGCUGCCGGAUCAGUUUUGCCAGCUAGCUAUUGUGGCUACAAUGCGUCUUUUGGCCGAGCUGCUUCAAAGCGUCCUGGUGGGCUUAACAGUCGUAAAAUGCACAGUUCUCGUUGGCCUUCUGAGAAUCGCCUCCUCACUUCCUUUCCUGAAGGAAAGACUCCAAGAGUUCGAGGAACAGCAUCUUCUAGUCCCUUACCAAAACUUCUGGGACGAUUACGGUGGGAAACAAAUGCUUGCAGCUGUUUUAAAAAUUUUUCUCGGGGAUUUAAACAAGACCGCUGUACUCGGUUCGUCCGCCCCAAACUGCAAGUUAGUCACCACGGACGAAACAUCUUGUAAGCUACUGGAUUUCGCACGAGGAACUCGACCGCUGAUUGUUAACUUUGGCAGUCGCAGUUGACCACCUUUCUUGAUUAAUUUCCUGAACAACUUCACCAACGUUGUUCAGGGAUUUCAAGAUGUGGCAGACUUUGUUAUUGUCUACAUCUGCGAAGCACAUCCUACAGAUGAAUGGCGGUGGAAUGUAAGUUUUUUUUGUUUGUUUGUUUCUUCAGUUUACAUAAGAAUUCUUUGAGGGAGUUUCCGUAGCGGCCUUUUUCAAGGAGUAAAACAGUUAUGAAAAUACUGUAUUUGCUUGAGAUUGGAAAAUAAUUUCCCAAAGGAAAGUCCUAGCUUACCGUGGCCGCGUGGCCGCUGCGAAAACAUUCUAUAAUCUGUCCUUUGAAUGGUGCUUAUAUUUAACACGUUAUUUUACUUCAGUGGCCUUUAGUUUCCAAAUCUGUUCUUAAGCAUUAAAGACGUAAUUUCAGGGAAAAAGAAAAUCCUUAAAUCUUAAGGAUAAAUAUGGUUAACUGACACUUAAAAGUCGUGAAAUUCCAGUCCCUCACCUAUAAAUAAAAUUACAACGGAAAUAGAAAAGCUACGAGAAGUACUAAGAACAGUGAAUUAUACCUUAAAAUAUACUUUAAUUCUGGAGGAUCCAUGACCAACUAUGGUCACUACUAAAUGAAUUAAAAGGGCAAUUCUUUGGUGUUUUCGUUUCUCUUUAGCCCUUGGGGGUCAAUGCGUCAUCUUUGGGAUCAUAUAUUUAAAAGGCAAUCUCUUUGUUGUGCCGUUUCUCUGAUGUUCAUCCGCUGAUCAAGGAACAUGUAGAUUUUGCAUGCAAAAUUUGAUAAAAAGAUUUCUGUCACAUUUAUUUUCAAGAAGAAGUUCUUUUUAAUACCAUUAGAAUUGAAAUUACUUCUGAACGACAAAAUGAUCAAUUACAAACAAAAGAGACAGAUUAACUUCCUAAAAAAUCUCCGUAGUUGCUGAACAACUUUCCGAAACACCAUCCCUCUAGUGAAUUUGUCAGUCCUAUUUAUUUGCUUUCUUUUCCAAUUGUUAUCUUAUUUAUGUUUCACUCAAUUUCUUUGAUUGCCUGUAUUUUUCAAUCAACUGACCAGCUGACGGCGGAAUUGGCUAAAUUGUGUGGCAUUUGCGAUAUUGCUAUCAUUUUCAUGUAUUUUCCUUUCUCGCCUUUUUUACAGAACAACGUUGAGAUCUUGCAGCACAGAACUUUACAAGAGCGUUGUCAGGCAGCUGAAAUGUUGAAAAAGUCCAGUGGAUGCUCGACUCCAAUCCUGGUUGAUACUAUGGAUAACGAAGCCACUGAAGCGUAUGGUGCCUACCCGGAGAGACUCUUCAUUAUACAAGAUAGAAAGAUCGUGUACGAGGGAGGAACAGGGCCGUAUAACUAUAAGUUAUGGGAGGUAAAAAAAUGGCUAGAGGUGUAUAAAGCUAGUCGAUAGACCGGCGUGACACAGGCGAUGAAGAGUUGUCACCUUGCCCUCUGAACAGUGUACUGUACAAAAGUUUCUAUGUAUCCGUCAGUUCUGAACCUUAAUAUUAUAAGAAUUUUUUAACACUGACAUCGACAUUCACAUGGAAGGAGUAUUUAACUAUAUAUGAAAAGUAAUGUACGUGCAGAGAUAUUUACUCUCAAUUUUCCUGAAUCUGCAACGACAUUUUGCCCAAUGAAGUAAACUGACAGAUAAAACAUUAUAAACAAAAGAAAGAGCGAGCGGUCAAUUUCCAAAAUUCGUUCAAAAUAUGGCUGACGUGAUUAUCUUCAUUUUUAUAAACAGGAUAAAUAUUCAAAUGUUCGAGGUAUAUCCCAUACGUAGACAGAAAAAAAAUCUUUAUUUGUGUCAAUUUAUGACCACAGACAAUGCUCAUUAAAACGCUCCGACUAAGCCACUUCAAUCAGGGACACCCAACGAUAAUAUAGUUCAAUACCACUUAAACAUAGCAUUUUCAUCUGUUCGGAUUUCCCAGCUAAAAGUCUAGAGAUCAAAAGUUACCUUUUUGAAAACUUCAGCCAGAAAAAAGGCUAAAAAUCCGUUAACAAUGGGCAAUUAUACCCCUUUUUAGAUGUCCGAAAAUCCCAGGAGAGGCAGGCAGGCAAGAAAUUUUGCAACAAAUGUUCCGAAAAUUCUAAAUCUCAAAUCGUCUACCGAACAGGUAUUUUCCGAAAAUUGACGUUUGGUGCCCCUGUUCAUGAUUUUAUGACCCAGAGAAUCGAAAGAUUUAUUCCAAUUCACUUCUGUCUGCGGCUUAUCAAAUGAAAUGUCAGUUGCUCUUCCUGAAAGCCUCCUUGACCUUUAAUGUGGUGAUUUCUCCUGUACAAGUUCUCUUCACAUAUUUUUUCCUGUCUGAAGAAGUUGGCAUAACCUGAAUGACGGUUUGAGAAUAAAACCCACUCGCGGGAUUCCCAAGCCCGAGAAUGGACUGUCGACCGACUUGAGGGAGUGUGAACUGGAUUUACGAUGGUGGAGUCACAAGAAGGCUAAAAUUGUUUUCUUUUUAAUUAAUGAUAAUAUUUACCAGAACUGAAGAUCUGUCUAACUUAGGAUCAAUUGUAAUUAAAAUAGCACGUAUGUUAUUGUUAGUUCCAAGCAUACAUCACGAAUAUCAUGGACGUAUUUAGAAUCCAAAUAAAAUGAUACCUGAAAGAUUGUGCCGG